AUGGAGCAGAAGGAAAACCAUGCUAGAAGGAAAAAGGGAGGGCUCAUCACAAUGCCCUUCAUCUUUGCUAAUGAGAUUUGUGAGAAGCUGGCUGUGGUGGGAUUCAAUACCAACAUGAUUAGCUACUUGACCACACAGCUUCAUAUGCCAUUAACCAAAGCUGCUAACACUCUCACUAACUUCAGUGGAACUGCAAGCUUGACACCUUUGCUUGGUGCUUUCAUUGCUGAUUCUUUUGCUGGAAAGUUCUGGACUGUUACUGGUGCUUCCAUUAUAUACCAGCUAGGGAUGAUUAGUCUGACACUCUCAGCAGUGCUCCCACAGUUUAGGCCACCUCCUUGCAGAGGUGAAAAGGUGUGCCAACAAGCAAGUGCAGGACAGCUGGCAGUGCUCUAUGUCUCACUCCUCCUGGGGGCUAUCGGGUCGGGCGGAAUCCGACCCUGCAUCGUGGCAUUCGGGGCGGACCAGUUUGACGAGUCGGAUCCCAAGCAGACAACGAAAACCUGGACUUACUUCAACUGGUACUAUUUUGUGAUGGGUGCAGCGAUUCUUGUGGCUGUGACUGUUUUGGUUUACAUUCAAGAUAACAUUGGAUGGGGAUUGGGUCUCGGGAUCCCCACCGUUGCGAUGCUCCUCUCAAUCAUUGCCUUCAUUAUCGGGUACCCGCUUUACCGGAAUUUGAACCCGGCAGGGAGCCCGUUUACCCGAUUGGCACAGGUGGCUGUGGCGGCAAUUCGGAAGAGGAAGGUGCCAAAUGUGUCAAACCCUAGUUUACUCUACCAAAAUGAUGAACUUGAUUCCUCUAUUUCGUUGGGAGGGAAACUUCUUCAUAGUGGACAGAUGAAAUUUUUGGACAAGGCAGCAGUUGUGACAGAAGAAGAUGACAGCAAAACACCCAACUUAUGGAGGCUAAACACAGUGCAUAGAGUGGAGGAAUUGAAGUCCAUAAUCAGGAUGGGACCAAUAUGGGCCUCGGGCAUUCUUCUCAUCACAGCUUAUGCCCAACAAAGCACAUUCUCUCUCCAACAAGCCAAAACCAUGGACAGACACCUGACCGAAACCUUUCAAAUCCCAGCUGGGUCCAUGUCUGUGUUCACAAUCCUCACCAUGCUCACCACCACUGCUUUCUAUGACCGAGUCUUCAUCAAAGUGGCCCGAAGAUUCACUGGGCUGGACCGUGGCAUAAGCUUCCUUCACAGAAUGGGUAUUGGGUUUGUGAUCUCAACCUUGGCCACAUUGGUUGCUGGGUUUAUUGAAAUGAAGAGAAAGAAGGCAGCUUUGGCCCAUGGGCUUUUUGACCACCCACAUACCACAAUCCCGAUCUCAGUGUUCUGGCUUGUGCCACAGUACAGUCUUCAUGGAAUGGCUGAGGCCUUUAUGUCCAUUGGGCACUUGGAGUUUUUCUACGACCAGGCCCCAGAGAGCAUGAGGAGCACUGCCAUGGCACUAUUUUGGACUGCAAUUUCUGUUGGGAACUAUGUUAGUACCCUUUUGGUUACUUUGGUGCACAAGUUCAGUGCUAGGCCUGAUGGCUCAAAUUGGCUCCCUGAUAACAACCUCAACAAGGGGAAGUUGGAGUACUUUUACUGGCUCAUCACGUUACUGCAGUUUUUCAAUCUUAUUUACUACUUGAUUUGUGCUAAAUUGUACACUUACAAGCCAAUUCAGGUCCAUGACAAAGGGGAUAGCAGUUCAGAUGGGAACCAAAUUGAGCUCACGACCACAGUUUGA